UCCGUAAUUACUGUAUUUUUCCUCGCGUUGGAUUUUUGUUGAAGCUUUCCUACUCAAAAUGACUGCCUUGUUUCCCAUGUCCAAUCUAUACACUUGCUCCACCACGUGAGACGAGGCUGGAACACUUUUGUAAGAAUAAUCACAAUAUUCGGUCCAUCUAAUCUUUUAAUCAUGGUGUCAUCUCGUCCCUUUCUAGCGGCUGGCCGCACAUUGGCUGGCGCAUCCAAACAUUUGGCACGAAAACCCACCGGCGUCGCAUUUUCUACAUCCCACUCAGCAGCAGCAAAGAACCAAGUCUAUUCUCCGAUCCGCAGCCCUAGCACAUUCCACACACACCUCCUGUCCUCGUCGGCCCGCAUGCCCCUCGUCACAUUGUGGACGACGUCGUGGUGCCCAAGCUGCAAGCACGUUGAGCCGCUGCUCAAGUCGGUCGUUGAGUCGGGCGUCGGUGAGGAGCAUGGCGGAGUCGGCUUCGCCCUCGUCGAGCUCGACGCCCCCGACAUGCAGCCCUCCGACUUGGGCCUGACCUACAUGAUUAACAGCGUCCCGACCCUGCUCAGCUUCGACGGCGGCGAUGCCCAGACCGCUACCAAGGUUGUCGACGGGAGGAAGCUCGUGAACCGUCAGUUCCUAGAGGAGUGGGUGCGCAACGAAGCUAGCAGGCAGGAUCGUGGCGGUGGCGGAGGUGGGGGCAUUGGAGGAUCAGGACUCCUUGGUGGGCUUUUUGGAUCCCAGAAGUGAUAGGCCCUUUCCUGGAAGGGAAACGGCCACACCAAGUGUCCUGACUGAUUUGAACGUCGGUUGUAGGAACUGCGAGGAGCUCCUAAGCUCAGUAAGCCGCACAGCAGCCGACCCCAAGAGAAUGUCAUGAUGCCCAAUAACGGCCACGAGUGCAUUUCAUCACGGCGCAGAAUCAGGUAAAAGGGGCCGUGACCCAGGAACAGCUUGUACGAUAGCGAGAAGGACCAAGACGCAUAGGCGCAGAAGCAGGCAGCCCUGCGCAAACAGAGACCCCUAGACCAGAGCAAGGCCUGUCGUGUUGUUAUAUCCACCCACUCCUAUGCCGUGUAAAAAACCUCCUCGACAGGCUUCCACCAUCCCGGUUCGCCAGCCUCGCUGCUCUUGGCGCCCGGCACCAUGCUCUCCUGCCAUCCGUCCGUCAUCUUCCACCACUCGCGUACCUUUUCGUUCUCGCGCAUCUUCUCCAUAUCGCCCUGGUAAUCAUAUCCGAUGUACUUGAAUGAAGCAAACAGGAUGUUGGUCUGUGGGUCGUGGAAAAUGCUGUCUAAUUCGGGGGAGUAGGAGCAGUCCAGAUCAGUAUGAUGAUCCUCCAAGGGCUUAAAUAUUAGGCGAAUCCACGAGAAAACCAGACUUACAAUCGACAAUGUUGCAUUCCUUUAUCUGCUUGAGAACGUCGGGCCACACCUUUGCGUGGGCCUCCUUGUACUGCUCCUGAAACUCAGGCUUGAGCUUGACAAUCUGUGCGAAUCGCCUGCCCGGGUUGCGCUGGCGGGACGACAGGACCGUUGGCGAGAGCGGGUCGGCCCCCGUGGGGGUCUCGUUGGUAGUCGGCGAGAGCUUGGGCUUGGUCCACAUUUUGACGUUUAUGUCUUUUUCGUCUCCUUGGUUUCUUUUGAUACAAUGGGCACACAAUACAGCCCUUGAUAUUCAGGGUGCGGGGGUUCGACGUGAUCCCCGUAGACUUUAAGAGAGACAGAGGAUGACGCCGCCGCUCUGCUGUACACUUUCGGCAAUUUUGUUCUCUCUUUUUUUUUUAAAUAAAAAAUGUAUUGGUCGUUUUCCACGUCGGUGGCAAGACAAGAAAAUCGGCUUCGAUUGCCCUCGCAAAGAAGAUAAAGAAGAGAGAGUUGGCGUUAUGAUGU